AACCGUGACGGCGGGGUGGGCAUGGCGUAGGGAGGAGGCAGAGUGCGAGUCUCAAAGAGGCUGUUGGUAGAGUGACCAUGCUGCGAAGGGCGUUGCAGCCAGGCUUGAGCCGGGGCGUCUUGGGCCGGGGGCUAGGCACACACAGAGGACGUUCCACUCUGGGUAAAGUUGAAGGCAGCGGAGGGUAUCGUGGUUCUUGGGUGGCCCCAGUCUCCAGCUAUGUGACCUUCAGAACUCGGGACCCGACCCACGAUGGAAAGACAGUGGGUCGGCUGGGAGAAGGGGACCAGAAUGGAAAGGUGUCCGAGAUUAAGAAGAAGAUCCAGUCAGUCCUUCCUCGAGGGGCCUGGAAUCCACUGCGCGACACCAGCUACCUGCCCCCUGAACACUCGGAUGUGGUGAUUGUGGGGGGUGGGGUGAUUGGCCUGUCCGUGGCCUAUUGGCUGAAGAGGUUGGAGAAGCCACAAGGUGCCAUUCGGGUGCUGGUGGUGGAACGGGACCACAUGUAUUCCCAGGCCUCCACCGCACUGUCUGUGGGCGGGAUUCGGCAGCAGUUCUCGGUGCCUGAGAACAUCCAGCUCUCCCUCUUUUCAGUUGAGUUUCUGCGGAACAUCAACGAGUACCUGGCUGUAGUCGAUGACCCUCCCCUGGACAUCCAGUUCAACCCGUCGGGUUAUCUCUUGCUGGCUUCGGAAAAGGGGGCUGCAGUCAUGGAGAGCAACGUGAAGGUGCAGAGGCAGGAAGGAGCCAAAGUCUGCCUGAUGUCUCCUGAGCAGCUUCGGAACAAAUUUCCCUGGAUAAACACAGAGGGUGUGGCGUUGGCAUCUUACGGGAUGGAGCACGAAGGUUGGUUUGACCCCUGGUGUCUGCUCCAGGGGCUUCGGCGGAAGGUCCAGUCCAUGGGGGUCCUCUUCUGCCAUGGAGAGGUGACACGUUUUGUCUCUUCGUCUAGCCACACGGAGACCACAAGUGGGGAAGAGGUGACUUUGAGAAGGAUCCAUGAAGUCCAUGUGAAGAUGGACCGCAGCCUGGAGUACCAGCCUGUGGAAUGUGCCCUCGUGAUCAAUGCGGCAGGGGCCUGGUCUGGCCAGAUCGCAGAGCUGGCUGGUGUCGGGAAGGGGCCCCCUGGCACCCUGCAGGGCACCCAGCUACCUGUGGAGCUGAGGAAAAGGUAUGUGUACUUGUGGCACUGCCCCCAGGGACCGGGCCUGGAGACCCCAUUCGUCAUAGAUGCCAGUGGAGCCUAUUUCCGCCGAGAAGGACUAGGCAACAACUAUCUGGGUGGCUGUAGCCCCACUGAGGAGGAGGAACCGGACCCAGGGAACCUGGAAGUGGACCAUGAUUUCUUCCAGGACAAGGUGUGGCCCCCUUUGGCCCAGAGGGUACCGGCUUUUGAGACUCUGAAGGUUCGGAGUGCUUGGGCUGGCUAUUACGACUACAACACCUUCGACCAGAACGGUGUGGUGGGUCCCCACCCGCUCGUCGUCAACAUGUACUUUGCCACAGGCUUCAGUGGCCAUGGGCUCCAGCAGGCCCCCGCCGUGGGGCGAGCUGUGGCAGAGAUGGUGCUGGAUGGCCACUUCCGGACUAUCAACCUGAGCCCCUUCCUCUUCAACCGCUUUUACUUGGGAGAAAAGGUCCAGGAGCACAACAUCAUCUGAGCCUGUAAGCUCUUCACUGGGCCCCGCUGCGCCAUCCGUCACCCUUGGCUCACAUUCACAUCCUCCUCACUGUGGCUUCCUCCCCAGCACCAAGCCAGGCUCUCCUCCAUCCUCCUCUCCCCCCGGGGCUGGGCGGGCAGGCAGGCCGACUCUAGGCUUUGAGAGGCACUGUGCCUGAGGCCCAGGCCAACAGAGAAUGAUGGGGUGAGACCCCAGGACUGAUCUCUGGCCCGGGCCAAGGCCGCCCACCAAGGUAGUGCAGCUGGGCAGAAUACCUGAGCACGUGCCCCAAGACUGGCUUCUUCUGGCACUGACCCGGAAAGAUUGCCUCUGCCUCUCUUUGGCAGGCUCCAGUGGAGCCCAGGCAGGGGGCAUUGCAGGGCAGCCUGGCCCAGAUUUAGUGAUUGUUUACCUUUUUCAUCAGUCAAUAAAUGUGAUUACUCUUUCCA